CACGAGAGGAAAGCUGCCACUCCCCCGGCGAGUGGUGGUCGCCUCGGGCAGGGUCCCUGGACGGCUCCGCUCAACCGAUCGCUUCGGAGGUACGUAUGUGCCUUGACCUGCCGAGCAGCUUGCUGAUCUGCACCUGCUCCAGUCCAUGCUCAUCAAUGCUCUCGUAAGUAAGAAACCCUAAGCAGUUCUCGUCAGCGGAGCAAGCAAAGUAUGUCUUCGUUCUACUCCUCUUCCUAGUGCAGCAAGCAGCAUGUUGAUGAUUGUUUUCCAGUUUUCACCACUCUAGUUUAUCUAGUACAAGGAUGUUUUACUUACCUGCCUCCGGUUGUUUGACUUCAGGUUCAGGGUUUAGGCACUCGAUUUGUUCCAGACAUCCGUCGAGUGGCCGGGUUCUCUACUUCAGGUUUGCUCGCUGUCGAUCAAUGGCUCUUCUCAUGCUGAGCUGUGAAGGAUUUCAGAAGCAUGAGGAUAGAAUCAGGGCAACACAUAUUGGCCAUCGGUUGCUUUACUCCCCUGCUGCUGACAAUGGCUACAGUGACGAUGUUAGUGCUGCUGCUGCUGCUGCAGAUGAUAAUAUCAUAGAUGGCUGCGUUCUCAGCAAGAAGAAUCUUCAAAAUAUGCCCGAUAACGAGGAUUUUCUCUCAAUUGGGGGUAAUCCAGUUGAUGAGCUAAAAUUGGAUGAUGGGUUGGGAAUUGUUGAGAGGGUUAGUCCCAUUGAAUAUAUCAAGCGGUUACUGUUGAUGAGAUCAGCAUUGGGUGAUUCUUCUAUUGAGCUAGGUAUUAACACUGUCAUGCACAUUCUUCCACAGUCUUCUAGGGAUUGUAGGCAUACCGGGGGCCUCUAUUGGCAUGGUUAUUACCAGAUGAACAAAUUAUGUCCAACUGUCUUGCCACCGAUGCGGUACAGUCACUGUGCAUCUUCAAACGAGCUUCGGUGUUUCCAUAAGCCACGUGCUAUGCUCCAAGUCUUUUGUAUUAAGUUGAAAUCAUAUCUGGAAGAUGUGGGUGGGCCAAUUGAGGUGUAUGGGUUUAUUGCAAUUCGUGAUGCGGAAGACUAUCAGCGCAACUACGUUUUCAGUCGAUCUCGUGAUAACCCAAUCAUUGUUAACAAGACCAGUGAUUACCUGGCUUUGCUGAGCCCUAGCAGAGGCAUUUCGAUGACAGUCGAUUGCCUGAUGGAAAUAGAUGUGAGAGCCAAGGGACCCACGGAAGACGUGACUCUGGUGGAUGGGUGCUGUGAUUUCGUGGAGAGCCGUUGCGUGUACGACACGGAGCUGGAGUGCACCCUGGAUGGCACCAACGGCACUCUCAUCUUUGAUCUCAUCGUGUUUCGGAGAGCGCUGGAGGCCACCAUAGAGCUGUGUUUCACCAAGGUGCCCGCUGGAGGCUUUGAGCUGAAGAUGUGUGGGUACACCGCAGUUUCAGAGAGCCUGUACCUCUUCGCCGGCGAGCAGUGCGACUGUGAUGGCUUCAUCGCCUCGCCCGGGAAGCACCCACAGCGGUUCAUCGCAGCCGUGCCGUUCGACGACACGCUCUUCAUCGAUUUCAUGGAGGGGAGACCGCCUGUCCCGUUCAAGGCGACCGUUCAUGGCUGCAGAGAGAAAGAGUACCGCUUCUGCAACGGUGCUGUGGUGAGCGUGAAGGUGUCGUGGUCAACGAGCUUCUACUAAGCCUCCACCGACAUAUACAGCUGGCGAGUUUGUCGACGAAGAAAAUGAAUUGGCUGCUGCUGCUUUUUUUUGAAAGAAAGUAAUUGACUGCUUAUUCCUUGUUAUGUGGCGUCGAAGUGAUGAGUGCCAAUCAAAUUGAUCGUUGGUUGCUUUCUCUUCACAAAAAAACACAUUGAUCGUCUGCUGCUUAUUAAUUCCUUGUUACAAAUUUUUCUUAAUUGCUUUGAUAAUGUUUAACAAACAAUGUGACCAUACCUGGGUAUGUAUAUAACAAUAUCAUGUCUA